AUGCCUUAUCUAUCUAUCUAUCUAUCUAUUACGACUGAUGCCUUAUCUAUUUAUCUGUCUAUCUAUAUAUCUACCUCGACUGACGCCUUAUCUGUCUGUCUAUCUAUCACGACUGAUACCUUAUCUAUCUAUCUAUCUAUCUAUCUAUCUAUCUAUCUAUCUAUCAACUCCAUUUCUAUUCAUAACCAUGUCUUUCUAUCUCUUUUGAUACCUCGUCUAUCUAUCUAUCUAUCUAUUUAUCUAUCUAUCUAUCUCAGUCUGUUUAUAUCUAUCUAUCUUAGUCUGUUCAUAUCUAUCUAUCUCAGCCUCUUCAUAUAUAUAUUUACAUAUCUAUCUCAGACUCUCCAUGUCUAUCGAUCUAUCUAUCUAUCUAUUUAUCUCAGUCUGUUCAUAUCUAUCUAUCAAUCUAUCUCAGUCAGUUCAUAUCUAUCUAUCUAUCUAUCUAUCUCAGUCUGUUCAUAUCUAUCUCAGACUGUUCAUAUCUAUCUAUCUAUCUAUCUACCUAUCUAUCUAUCUAUCUAUCUAUCUCAGUCUGUUCAUAUCUAUCUCAGACUGUUCAUAUCUAUCUAUCUAUCUACCUAUCUAUCUAUCUAUCUCAGUCUGUUCAUAUCUAUCUCAGACUUAAAUAACAUGUACCUUAUUUUUAUAGCAGCAUUUCUCCCCACUCUCUCUCUCCCCCUCUCUUUUCCUUCCACUUUUUCUCCCUCUCUCUUCUCCCCCCCCUCUCUCUCUUACAUCUUUUGUAUUUAUUUUUUAUUGUCUUUCUUUUUCACUACAGCCUUUUAUAAUGUCAUAAGCAGUUAUUACUCCAAUUACCAGAGCAAAAGCAGCAGCAGUCUCUCCAGGGCACCCCAGCAAUACACCAUGAUAUCAUUUGGAUUUAUUGUUUUAUGUUGA